GGAAGUUAGAACACGGCUCUGAGGGUAAACCAGGAAGCACGAAACGCUUAAAAAAAAUCACACAGCUUUGUGUUUAUUCUCCUCCCCGGUGCGUUGUGCGCGUUAUUUUGGGAUUAAAGAUCUUCCAGAGGAUUGUGAAGGAGCUUUGUGAGGAUGAUGUUGGGUGUUUAGGCGGUGAUGAAGCAUCAGGACUUAAUCCUUACGUGUCACAAGCUGCGCGUGCCGCAGCAGCACUGGCAUGCCGGGUAACCCGGGUCACGUCAUGUGUGUGUGAGUUCUACAGAGCAGUAUUAAUCCAGUUCAUCCACUUCUGAUAUUUGAGGAGAACAGGCAGCAUGUUUCAGAAGACCUCUCUGACCACCAUCAUAGUGGGGGUCUUCAUCGUGUACGUGCUGCACACGUGCUGGGUGAUGUACGGCAUCGUGUACACCAAACCCUGUGACAAGCCCAGCAGUGACACCUGCGUCAGCCCUUAUCUGGCAGGGAAACCUCGACUGCAGAUGAGCAUCUACACGGCUCUGCGCGCCAAUGCUGAUGGAGGACACACACUCAUCCACAGGGAAGAGGAUUUCGAUGUGCACAGCAAAUUUGAGAGGUUAAUAAAUGUGUCCCUGCCGAAGAAGACACGGAAGAAUGGAACUCUAUACGGAAUGGUGUUUGUUCAUCAAGCAGGAGUGUCUCCGUGGCAGGACCCACGCCAGGUGCAUCUGGUCACACAGCUCACCACCUACAUGCUGCCCAAACCCCCGGAGGUCAGCCUGAUCACCGGCCAAGAGCUGCCUCGGCAGGAGCAGAAAACCCCUGGGGGGGAUGGAGAGGUGGACCGACCCGUCUCUCACUGGCGCUCCCGUCUCACACUGAACAUCGUUGCUGAGAACUUCAUGUUCGACCGAGAGGCCAUACCGAGUGAUGUGCAUCGCUAUAUGAGAGUGUAUCAGAGUGGGAAGAAGUUUGUGUACCUGCCGCUGCUGUUUAUAGACGAGCUGAGUAACCGAGUGAAAGAUUUGGUGGAGAUCAACAGCAGCACCACCGAGCUCCCUCUCACUAUUUCGUAUGACACCAUCACUCUGGGAAAGCUGCGUUUCUGGAUUCACAUGCAGGACGCUGUGUACUCGCUGCAGCAGUUCGGCUUUACUGAAAAGGAUGCGGAUGAAAUCAAGGGCAUAUUCGUGGACACCAAUCUCUACUUUCUUGCCCUGACCUUCUUUGUCGCCGCGUUUCAUCUCUUAUUCGACUUCCUGGCGUUUAAAAAUGACAUCAGCUUUUGGAAGCAGAAGAAGAGCAUGGUGGGAAUGUCCAGCAAAGCAGUGCUGUGGAGGUGUUUCAGCACGUUAGUGAUUUUUCUCUAUCUGCUGGAUGAACAGACGAGCCUGCUGGUGCUCAUCCCUGCUGGAAUAGGAUCUCUGAUUGAGGUGUGGAAAGUGAAGAAAGCCUUCAAAAUCUACAUUUUCUGGAAGGGGAUUACUCCAACAUUCAUGUUCGGCAAAUCUGACGAAUCCGAGAGAAGGACUGAGGAAUAUGACAGUUUGGCGAUGAAAUACCUGUCAUACCUGCUGUACCCACUGUGUGUGGGUGGAGCCGUUUAUGCACUUGUAUUUGUGAAGUAUAAAAGUUGGUACUCCUGGCUGAUCAACAGUUUAGUCAACGGAGUAUAUGCUUUUGGAUUCCUCUUCAUGCUACCUCAGCUCUUUGUGAACUACAAGUUAAAAUCAGUGGCUCAUCUGCCCUGGAAAGCCUUUAUGUACAAGGCAUUCAACACGUUUAUUGACGAUGUCUUUGCCUUCAUCAUUACCAUGCCAACGUCUCACCGGCUGGCCUGCUUCAGGGAUGAUGCCGUGUUUAUUAUUUACCUGUAUCAGAGAUGGCUGUAUCCAGUGGACAAGACCAGGGUGAACGAGUACGGCGUGUCUUACGACGAACCAAAACGAAAACCACACAAAGAAUAAACGGACCACGGCAUCUAAUUGACCUGCUGGAGACGUCCACGCGGACACUCGGAGACAGUGGCGAGGACAUGGACACAUGCAUCGAUAGCACAAUGGAUGCUGGCUCGUUUGGAGUUGGACUUCUGUCUCUUACGUGUGCUUGGUGUUCUCGUGUCCUGUUCUCCUCGUGUUUCUUGUUGUAAUCCUCACAUGAAAAUGAACUACUAGGGUGGUGAUUACUAAAUGAACUGAUUUGAUGUUAUUGAGCUAACGGGUGAGCUUAAGGUGGUUUGGUAUUCAGUCCUUGAUUUUCUCAGGAUGGAGCAGAGUUAGCUCAUUAACACACACGCAUCAUUAAAAUCAGAGCUGAUUAUUAAUGCGCACUAUCUGCCUGUUAUUCCCUGCUAUCCUGCUGGUGACCCAAAUGUCACUAAUUUAAUUUGACCGUAUCUCUAAUUAUGAUGAGAGGACAAGAAGCUCAGCUGAAGGCAGAAUUAUAAAAAAAAAGUGUUUAAAAAAAGUCACAUUUGUGCCAAAUGAACAAAAGGUUUGAUAGUAAGUUGAAUGUCCUGAUGGGAUUGUGAUGUUUCUGUGUAUCUGGUGAGAAUGAUCUGUGUGCUUGUGUACUAUAUUCCACUAAAGUGUUUAAAGGGCCUUGAUUUGACAUUUAUUCAUAAAGUCCAUGCAUUGGUUUAUAAGGAGGAUAUUUCUACUUGCUUAGAAUUGCAACAGUUAGCACUUUUUGGUAUAUAUAUUUUUAAAAUCAGAAAGCUGAUCGAACCACCUUUACUGAAAAUAAACAGCUGUGUAUGAGUGGGAUUUUUCUCCCUAUCACCAUCAGCUCUGGUACUCACAUUCCUGAUGUUCUGGUUAUUACAUUACGGUGAUGCAUGAAAAAACACGCAAAUGCAAUUAUGUUUUUAAUAUUCAUUUUCUAAUGUUCUUUUGCUUCUUUAGCAAAAUAAAUGAAAUCCUCCACCAAA